ACACACCUUCUAUUACAGUUUUCUUCUGAUUUUGCGGCCAGACAGACGUAAACAUUAGUGUUUAUUUUUUGCCGAAAUAUUCUGGAAGUAAUUAGAAAGAAAAAUCAAAUGCAAGCAAAGUAGGGCCAGGCCUCCUAAGAAUGUAAUUGGAAACGUUUUGCACGAAAAUGGAAAGCGGCGACGAGAUUCAAUUAUGUCAAAGUGUUGAGCCUCACGAAGAGGAGGAGACGGUCAAGUCAAAAGCAGUUGUGAAGUUUGCCCAAGUACAGGCCCCGGUGAAAUUUAAUCGCUUGGAGUGCAACACCAAUCUUAAUCUGCCACCCUCGAAUUGGUUGACAAGUGCGGAUAGCAAUUAUGGACUUCAACAGGCCCUAUACCAUAAUCCCGGCUUUGCCAGUUUUCGCAUGGCCCACAUGUUUCCCGAUUGUGUGGGUGAAGUCGAUGUGGUGGCCGAUGCGGAAAACAUAAAAAAGUUGUUAAAGUUACCCUAUGCCUCAAUGGGGGCCGUAAGCAUGACCGUGCAUAAAGUUGGUAAUACUUUAUUGCUGGAUGAGUUCGAUAUACAAAAGUAUUUGCUAAGGAAGGCCGAUGAUGACUGGACCUGGUUGAGGACUUUUAUAAUGGAACAAAUACUGUCCUAUGGAGAUGUGGGUCAUAAUUUUUGUUUGAAAGAUAAAUCGCGUGAGGCAAUACAAACCAAAAAUUUACUUUCAAAAUUCUUGUAUUACUCCCUGAAACAAUCGCCUAGUUGUGAGGUGACAAAGACCUCCGCUACGGAAGCAAAGGAAAAGCAAACAGCAUUACCGCUUACUGGUCCACUUUUGCCAGAGCCUAAAGUUGAAGAAAACGUGCCAGAUCCCAAUUCUUCGCACGUUUUUCAACGUAAUGUGGUGUGGACAUUCGAGGAUAUACGCAUGCUUAUCGGCACCGAUAUGCCCAUAUUUGGCGGUCCAAAUAGGCCCUGCAUAAGUCUGAGACUUCGGGAUAUGGCCAAACCGAUUAAUGUCCUCACCGGCAUAGAUUACUGGCUGGACAAUCUGAUGUGCAAUGUACCAGAGGUGGUAAUGUGCUAUCACUUAGAUGGCAUUGUACAGAAAUAUGAAAUCAUAAAGACAGAGGAUUUGCCCCAUUUAGAAGAUUCACAAUUCUCGCCGCAGGUGGUGAAAAAUGUGGCGCAAAAUAUUCUGUCUUUCCUCAAGGCCAAUGCCACUAAGGAGGGCCAUACCUAUUGGCUGUUUAAGGGACGUAAUGAUGAUGUAGUCAAGCUAUAUGAUCUCACCACUUUGUGUAAAAAUCAGCAAUCCAAUGCAAAUGACGAGUGCGAUGAUACGCAGGGGAAUCCAUUUACAGUACCGGUUGCCAUGCUGCUAUAUACGGUGGCACGUAAUAUGAAGAACCGCCAUGCUCAAAUUAGUGCAAAGACAGCCGGAAAUAUAAGGGCAUUGCUGGAUAAUUGCAUUAAAUUGUUGCCCAAAGAGAAGUAUCCACAAAUUGUUACCUCUUCUCAUUAUAUACUCUCGGAUUUGCAUAUUCCCGCGGGCAUAGAUCCAAAAGAUCCAAAAUUUGAUGUUUGCGAUAACGACUCAGAUACUCAGUCAGUUUAUGAAGAGGAGGAAGAAGGGGACGAAGAGGAUGAUUUUGAAUAUGAGGAUACAUUGAAUUUCCGCCAACUAAGCAAGGAACAAAAUGUGGCUGUACAGAAUAUUUGUGACACCCUCAAAGACAUUACCUUCGAAAGUCAACCAAAAACCAAAAUGGACAACCAACGCCCUUCUCCCUUGAUAGCCUCCAUUGAGGAUAGAUGUUUGAUUUCUUUGCAACAUAUAAAUCAGGGCCUUUCCUGCUUGCAGUUCUUCAAUAAAAAUGAGGAGUGCUUCAUCAAGGAAUCUGAAGCCAGAGCCAAAGAUGAGGAGAAGCAAAGAAUACUACACGAAGAACAGAAUCCUAAUAUGGCCAAGCCAUUUAAACCCAUUCCACUGCCCUAUGAGACUCUCAGUUCUCCCUCCAAAUGGGAAAUGUCCUCAGAAAAUCCAGCCAUUACGCCUGAGCUCGAGACAAAAACCAAGAAAUCCAAGUUAAAAAAAUCCCACAGCAAAGACUUAAAGCCAUUAUUAACCUCACAAACGUCGGAGACCCAUAACAUGCCUCCCCAUCAGAUUGCCGUCAGUUUCAACUCUCAACUCUUUGGCUCGUGGAAUGUCCAUUUAAAGCUUCUAUUGCUGGAAAAGGCCUGCUUAACCUAUGCCACAUUGGCCGAACACAACUAUGUGCAGCAGAAAUUUGGCCUAAGUCUGCGUUACAUCUACAAGUCAUGCAAGUGCCAACAUGUUGUACUUAAAUAUGUCUCAACCAUGGUCUCGCAAAAGCGAUGUCUGCUGGGAAGAGCCGGAGAUUGUUUAUUUCAAAUGGCCAAGAAUUGGGAAAAUAUAGAUGAGAAUCUAAAAGAUUUUCACAAGUCACACAAGGACGAGAAAUACAUUGACAAGGAGUUGGAAAAGGAAUUGGACAUAGAGUCCUGUCCUGAGCUCAUAGUACCCCAAGAAAAUGUCGAACAUCUUAUGGUAUCAAGCUGUGCUUGCUACGAGAAUGCUUUGGAGGAGGUGAAUAAUUCAGCAAGCAAAGAUAACACCGAUGAGGAGGCUUGCCAUGAGCUCUUGCGCCGUUUGGGAAAUGUGCGCAAUGAAUUGGGUGUGAAAUAUAUGUUUUGGUCUCAAGAACAAUAUACCAAACAUAUGGAGGAGAUUUCCGAGAAUAACGCUGAGCAACAAGAAAGUGUACAGAAGCUUAGCGACGACCUUGACGACCACAAGGAUGAUAAGACUUCCAAGGAGGAUCCUUUGUUUUUGAAAUUGGCCAUGAAAUCAUAUGAUUGCCUGAUACGCGGUAUAAAGGCCUUUGGCUUGGUGCAAGAUAACGUCAAUAUGGCUUUUCUCUAUUGCAAUAUGGGUAGAUUUAUGCGCUUUAGAGCUCAUCUCGUUAUAAACAAUGAAAACCUUGAUGUCAUACAACAACAGAAGAGAUUUUACAAUGAAGCAUUUUCCUACUAUGAAAAGGCCCAAGAUGUAUUAGGUUCUCGCAAAUCCAAUGCUGAACUAUGGGAUCUGGUUAAUUGGGAACUAUCUACUGCCACAUUUACUUUGGCCAAGCAGCUUCAGGAUUGCAGCAGAGCAGACGAGGCUUGUCGCAUUGACUUGGAAAAGGAAGUCUUGGAUCUCUUGCAGAAAUCGUUAAAACUCUGCGAUGUUGAACAUCCAGGUUCAAGACAAAUCGUUUAUACUUAUCGCUCAGGAUUAAUUCAUCAAAGAAUUGCCUCUUUUCAUCACAGUCAGCUGCGCAAUAAUUUCUCCGAUUCAACAACGUUGCCGAAGACCACACUACAAUUGUGUAAAUAUCAUUACGAAAAGGCAGCCAGUAUUUUGGAUGGCUUGAGAGAAGCUGCUGAUUAUUUGGUGGUGCAGCUGGAACGUAUAUCAUUGCAAGAAUUUCUGGCAGAAAAUUCGCUUCAUAAUAGCCAGAAAAUUAAGCAUCUGCAGCAAGUACUUGACACAUGUCUCAAUUCCAAGCCACUAUUCGAGUACGCUUUGAGUAAUUGGAAUUCAUCGGCUGAUAAUGGCCAACAACCGGCAGCAACCGCCAGCAAUGCUGCGGCUGCGACAGCAGCCGCUGGUACCAGUAAUGGCGAUGCUGAGUUUCAAAAACACAUACUCUUAUUUGAGAGCCGCUUACAAAACGCCUUGAAGACCCUCAUCAAGUUGUGGCUCACCGCUAAGGAUCCCAAACAAAAAGCUGAUCUAUAUAAAAAGAUGUAUAUGGAAACCUUGAAUAUUAGAAAAGUAACAGGGCCGCAGCACGAGCAGACAAGCGUCGAUGUUUUGGCACAACAAUUUGCCAAUCUAUUGGAGAGACUGACACAAAUGGAACGAAUACAUGCAAAUAAUUUAAAUAAUAACCACCACCACAACAACAACAACAGCAGCAGCAACAUCAACCAUGGAACUAAUAAUAAUACUAAUUAAAAAAAAAUAACUGCCAAGCAGUUGCACAUGUUAACCUUAUAGUUUAUUUUUGUUUUUAAUGUGCUAUUCACUACUAGUACUUCUAACUCUUAACUUUAAUGAGAAAAAAAACACACCGCAAGAAAAUCACCUAGUAUAUGUUUCGUCGCCUUUUGUUUAUGCAAAAACCAAAAAAACAAAGUUAUUUAAAAAAAAAACAAAAUAAAACACACUUUUUUCAAAA